ACUGUCGAUUCCAACCAUGCAACUCACACUCAUCUUCACCACACUCGUCACAUUCGCUGCUAUUGCUGCGUCACAUCCGACACCAAAAUUGGUCAAAACACACGUACUUGUGAGAGGACUUGUGCCAUUCUUGUUGAUGAGAACGAUGCUGACUCGGAGAUGCCUAUGCAGCUCUGGCUAAGGGCCAGGGGCUUUCUGACCUAAUUGAUCUUCACUUCACUGGGCUUAGGAUGCCUGAUACACCCGACUCGGUCGACUUUGGAGAUACACUCGUAUCGCCUCGUCGUUCCCUCAAUUCUGAUGCAAGCGGCGAAGCCGGCCACAAUGACGACAUUGACAAUGACAAUGACGUUCACAAGAGAAGCUCCCGUGACUCUAAGUCCUCCGUCUCUCAUUCAACCAAUGAAAGGGACAACGGCGAAAACAACGGCGACAAUAACGGCGACAACAACAACGGAGACAACAAUGACAAUGGUAACUACGGCGGCACCAACAACAACAACGGCGACAACAACGACAAUGGUAACUACGGCGGCACCAACAACAAUGACAACAACAACGGUGACAACAACAACGGCGACAACAACAAUGGUGACAACAACAACGGCGACAACAAUGACAACGGCAACAACUACGGCGGCAUCGACCAGAACGGCGCAGAAGAAAUCGAGGUCAUUGACAAUGACGUUCACAAGAGAGACUCCCGCGACCCUAAGUCCUCCGUCUCUCAUUCAACCAAUGAAAGGGAUGGUGAUGACGGCGGAGACAAAGGCCGGGAAACCGGGGGCGACGAUGACAGGAGGCGCAAGGACCUUGGAUCCUACCGUGUUUACGAGAGAAAAGCUUUUGUUUACCAUCUCGAGGACGAGAAGCCCUACAACUAGGCAAUAUAUCCGAGAAAGCUUUCGAAUUAGGAAAGGGUUGCGAGAAGAUGUAUUGAGUUUAAUACAUCAUAUAGCUACAGUAUCAGGGCGCAGCCUAGCUCGCACGAGAGUAGAUGAUCGAGUACGGACUCAAUCAAUAAGUUUAGUGUCUUGGACAAGUAUUUGUUGACAGCGACGUGUUGACUGUUGGCGAUGCUAUAUACACUGCCAUUUUACGAUGAAGUGGAUCGCGAUGAAGUCCAGGAGCAUCAUGAUUGGGCCAAUGUUGUGUCAUGAGGCUGCUAUGUAAGCCCUCCAUCGCGAAUGUUCGGGAUGGGUAUGUC